UCUUCGGGGUGCAACGGGAGCUGUAACCGAACAUCUUGUUCCUGAACGCUUCUCAAGGCUUGAAUUUGGUGUUCUCACAAGCAUCAGAUACAACGAUCUCUUCGCUUGCUAAAACGGUUUACACUCGUUUACCAGAAUCCUUGCGUGUUGAUAUUGCGCCUCUUGCAUGAGUCAAAUUUACGUACCUAGGCUCAGUUCUCACAGACGCUGCGGCCAAAUCAAAAUCGAUGCUUUAAAAACAUCUUGCGAAUUUCCAAACUUGCCGUCCUAGCAGUGAGCCCAAAUCCUACUGAGCAGCAGCGGAGGCUUCUCUCACAAGCAUGCCAUUCUCUCAUCACAGCCAUUGUGGACAAUUCUGCCUACAUGCAAAGGAUUCCCUCGAAGAAGUAAUACAAACGGCGAUAGCCAAGGGAAUGAAAACGUUUGCGUUGACUGAGCACAUGCCUCGUGAUUUGGAGGACUUGUAUCCGGAAGAAAUUGAACAUUACCGUGACGCUCAAGCUCUGGCCGCAGUGUUCGACAACUACUACCAGGAAGCCCAGCGACUAAGGUUAAAGUAUGGAGACCAAAUACAUCUUCCGAUCGGAUUCGAAUCAGAAUGGAUACGGCCAUCUUCCCUUGAUUUAAUCAAGAAUUUGCAGACUAAAUUCAAAUUCGACCUGUUCGUGGGGUCGGUACACCACGUGCACACGAUACCAAUCGAUUUUGAUCGACCAAUGUACGAGCAAGCACGGCGCAAGGCUGGCGGGAGCGACGAACAGCUGUUCAAGGAUUACUUCGACGCACAGGAAGAAAUGCUGCAUGCGCUCAGGCCACCUGUGGUCGGCCACUUCGACCUGAUCAGGCUCCUGAGCGAUGACCCGAACGGUAGCUUCAGACCAAUGCCGGAAGUGUGGGAGCGCAUCCUACGAAAUCUAGACUUCAUUGCCUCGUACGGCGGUCUCCUUGAAAUCAAUUCCGCCGCUGUACGGAAAGGAAUGAGAGAACCUUAUCCACAGAUUGAGAUCUGUCAAGAAUUUGUGAGUCGGGGAGGGGGGUUUGUUUUGUCAGACGAUUCCCACGGCGUUGAACAGGUUGCCACCAACUAUGCUCGGGUUCUGCCAUCCAUCGAGGCUGCAGGGAUUACACGACUGUUCGCGUUGCAAAAGGUUGGAACAACACAGUGUGAUGCGCUAAAGGCAGAUUUCGAAUUUGUCCCGAUCGACAUGGAAGAGGUCAAGAGGAUGUCUUUUUGGACCUCUUGAUAAAAAUGUCUUGCCUGAUGGGCCAUUUGGUCCAACAUUAGCUGAUUUCAGAAUACAGUUGAUUAUCUUGUUUACUGAGCGAAGGUUGCGAACAUCUGUGCCGCACGCCUUGCGUUGAUUCGGUUUGUGCAGCAAAUUAUUCCAGACCGCAGACAAAUAUCGAAUAGACGUGUGUGUUCUCAGGAUGUUUGCCAGGUGC